AUGCUCGCACAAGACCUCGCCUGCAAUAACCCCUACUUGAUGGACACCCCAGAAUCAUUAACGUUUACACCAAUUGAGUUCGACCCUGACGAUCCCUCCGAGUCUAGUCUGAGACAGCGGGGGAUACCUGCUCAACUCGGUUCAUCACGUUAUAACCCAUAUGCACGCAGCAUGCCUGGCUCAAGGCCUUCUACAUCGCUAGCGUCAGCAAGCGUAAUAGAUGAUGCCGAUAGUGCUCGUUGCACCACAGACUUGCAAGAAGCCCCACAAUCUAAGUGUAGCAUCAAGGACUAUGAUAAAACACAGCAACUAGCCAUCGAAUGGGCGAAAAUGCGCCUCGUUAUGGACGGUGCAACUACUGGCUGGAUCAGGAACAGUACCAGAGACGAGAAGGUCAAGAUGGAGAUGCGCGUUAGGGAGAUCAUUUUUCAUGCCGGUAUAAAGUUCAGUUGUGAAUUGAUAGCUAAUAAAGAGCUCGCAAAAACGGGCGAAGAAUUUGCGCCCCUGUACAAGCUUGAACCGCCGUCAAAGCGGUCCGAGGAGGAACACCAGAUUUAUAUGAACAAUCGAAGGGUAGCUAUCUACGAUGCAAAUCAGCCUUUCGAAUACUAUCUACAUGGUAUAGAGGAGACUGAGACGUCUACCAAUGUCCUGGUCUUCUCAGGUCAAGCUGUCGAAAGUACUCAUAUCAAGCACUGGUAUGAGAGCAAGAAAUCGCCACUUUAUGACGAAGAAAUGAGGUCCUCGAUUAAUACAACACCCCUUGACAUGCUCGCAGAGUCAGCGGUGGGAAUAAGGUGUGCCAUUGAUUGGUACGUCGAGGGUCGACUCUCCGGAUCAAAAGAAAAUAACACUCUGCACUUCGCUACCGACGUAUAUGCCAAUGAGCAACAGUUGAUCAAGAACGCGAUGGUAUUUGCCCUCCAGCAAAAUAUACAUCGGGAGUCAUUCCAGAAGCAUCUAUUAUAUCUUCAUCACAGAGGCCUUCAAAAAUUGCACGAGAAGCUGGGCCUUUCGGCUCCUGAAUUUCCAAUCCAUGUCCCUUUAACAGCGGAGGAGUUGAGCAAACCACGCCUAGUGCCGAGUCAUAAUACCGCGACUGCCCUGCCCGGGCCUUCCACUUUGUUGCCGUUUGGACAAAUAGGUGGUCAGGUGCCAUUGAUGACGUCGGGACCGCAGAUGUCGUUUGUACAGAUCUCAGGUGAUGUGGGUCUGAAUAUGUGGGGCUUUCCAAGUUUUGGAGACUCGGAGCAGUCCCGUCUUGAACAAGGCUCCGGGUCCAUGUCGACCCAAAUGCCUUUCAACAUAUAG